AUGGAUUUUUCUGAGUGUAGUACAGACCGGACAGGAACGGGCUGUCGAACGGACGUACCUCGUCCAGUAUCAAGAAGGGGAUUCCGAGAAUACACUAAUAGUGGAUCAACAGUAUCGAGAAGUGGAACUAUGAGGCCUACAUCAGCCUACAGAGGGGGCACAGCUUCACGGCUUUCGACGGCUGGUUUUGGUCCAGCGCCUCCUACAGCUAGUCGUCAACCAACCGCCAUGACAGGUUUUUCUAUGAUCGAUAGACCAAUAACGCAGCAGGGUAUAUCAGGACUCCGAACAAGCACUGCUCGCGGGUUCCGUACUCGUCAGCUGCAAGACAAACGAUACUGGGAAGAACUAAUGCAAGUCAAAGUGAGGGAAAUGAAAGCAGAAAUUGCCAGGCUUACGGAACAAGCGGAUGCUGGGGAAAGGGAGAGGUCGGCGAAGAAACACUACGAAAAGAGAGUAAGGGAAUUGGCGCAGGAGUUGACAGAUUUACAAGGACGCCUAGCGGAUUACAACACCGCUAUUCGUAUUGCCAAUGGCGAGGCUUCAAAGCUUUCAGUCGAGGAGCAAACAAAGGAGCUAGAAGUUAAUAAUAAGAGGUUGCAGGAAGAAGUCGAGCAAAUAUUCACGGAAAAACAGAGAAAGGAAAAUCAAUUGCGUCAACUAAGAGAACAAAUGGAAAAGGAACAAUCAUCGAUAUCACAUCUACUGUCAGACAUGACUCCAGAACAGAAAGAAAAAUACAGUGAGUUGGAAGCAACUGCUGCAGCAUUAAGGGAUGAAGUGGAACAAGCAAGAAACCAAUGCGAUCACCUUAACAAAGAAAAAGAAGAGUUUAGUAAGGAAAUAGCUGGCUCUCAGAUUAAACUUCAUUUACUUGAAUUACACCGACGGCUCGCGGCAGCAGAAGAGAAACGAGAUAAUCUAAAAGAAGAAAUGAGUAACAGGCUAGACCCGCAAACGGAACGUGAGAAAUUACUGGCGCAGGUCAGGGAAGAUAAUGCUGCAAUCACAUCUUUAGACAGCAACGCUGCUAAUGUUAAAGAGCAAAUUCGGAAAGUACAGGAAUUGAUUGAACAAUCUGAACAGGACCUUGAAGAAGGUAACUCGGAACGUCAUCAAAAAUACAGGGAACUAAAGAAAAGAGAAGAAACGAUGGACGUAUUUAUGACAACUUAUGAAGAAAACUUAAAGAAGGAACAAGAAAAAAUCGAGCAAUUAGAAAAAGACAUUGUUUUUGCUUUAGAACACAGCAGCUCAAAUAUAGAUCUUGAUUUAAGCGAAAUUGAUUCAUUAAAACAAAAAGAUGGUUAUUCAGCCACAUAUGAUGAAAGCAAGCAUUCUAUUGAAAGUCUGAUGAAAGAUUAUGAAAGGUUUCAGAGUAACUUAAAAAAGGUUGAAGCAACACGAGAGCGACUCGCUACAGAAUUGCAAACCCUUCCCGAGAAAACGAAAAUCAUGAAAGAAGAACUCAUAACUUUAACCGAUUUGGAAAAGUUACGAGAUGAAGGUGAGGAGCAAAAGAAAGUACUGCAAAAUGAACUAAGACAACUCAAAGAAAAAAUUGGGCCAACAGAAAGCGCGGUGAUUGAGGCCACAAAUAAACUGAAAAAGUUACAGGAAAGUUUGGAUGGGAACGAAAUGUACGCAAAAUUAAACAUCCUAGAAGAACAACUUGCCCAACUAGAAAAUAGAAAGACUAUUUUGGAAGAGGACAUUGCUUCCAUAACACUUAAAGCGGAUUACGAACCCAUAAAAAAGGAAGUUUUUACUGAACUCGCGGCUUUAAACAAAAAGAUUAUUGAAGAUCUAAACAAUAAGCCAUAUUAA